CACAACACACCCACAAAAAAACACAUAAAACAUACACAAAAUAAAAGCAAAAAAAAAUUAAAAACUUGGAUAAACAAUAAAAAAUAAAUAAACCAUCAAAAAAUCCAAAAAAAAAAAACUUACAAUGGCCCAAGAACCAGAGUCCACGGAGGUAGUCAUGCAAGUUGUCGAAUCCACCGAAAAAGCAGAAAAUCUACAAGAUACCGAAAAUGUACCUGUGGUCAUGCCACCAGAUUCAGCUGCGGUGCCUGAAGAAAUCCCCAAGACGGUGGAAGAUUCCCAACCCAUAACCGAAGAACCAAUUGUGCAGGAGGCUGCGGAGCCAACGACUGAACUGAAUGAAGACAAGGGAGUGACAGAGGCAACCCAAGAAACAGAAGCCACUGAACCCAUAGCCCACGAAACCACUGCACCCGAAGGGGAGCCAACGGAAGGUCAGGAUGAUCUUUCACCAGAAGAAAGGUCGAAAAAAGAGCGAAAGGAACGUAUGAAGAAUUUUGCCAGCACUCGAUUUAGGAUAUCGGAAGCCCCAGUACGCACAAUUAGCAUGACAGAUGAUUACGUCCAAGAUAAAGUUGAGGAAGAAGAGCAGAAAACAGGUUCAGCGGUGAACUUUGAUGAGCCGAGCCAGGAUGAUAAUUUGGAGGAGAGUGAUCACACCGACGAUUCAGAGGACGAUCUGUUUCAGAAAAUUCAGGCACAUAAAAUGGUUGAGCUAUUUCCGGUGCAUGGCUUCUCAAAUCCAUCGGAUAAUCAAAACAUAUUCUAUAAGGAUCCAAAGUAUGACGAUUUUGACGAUACGAUGAGUGUGGCUGCCAUGAGCGUUAUAUCGUCUGGAACAUUGGCUCCGACAGAUCCCGAUACUGUUCAAUUGAAAAGCAACUUUCUGAAGUAUUUCGAUGUGCCCAGUCUGUCAGAUAUAUCGGAGGAGCACGAUCCGAUUGAGCAGCUAACGAAUGUCAAGUCCUCGACAAGCGACCUGCUGGAUCAGGGCGCCUUCGUGGACCCUACACAGGAGUUCGACUCCAGUUCCAAGUCGACAAUCGAAUCUGUUGUUGAUAUAGAAAACGAACAGCAGGAUGACUUCGUAGCUCCUGAUAGUCGGGACGGCUCCUCCAUUAUAUCCGACAUACCUGACUUCGCCGAACUUCCAGAAAAGCCUGCUCCUACGGAAAAGGUCGUUACAAUAGAGGAUUUUAAUGCCUUGCCAAGGGUUGGCUUCGAAGAUGUCGAAGAUGAGCCCGAUCCAAGCAUCCCACUGGCUUAUGAGAUUAAGAUGGCGGUCCAGGAUUUAUUAAGAGAUAUUUUACAUGAGGCGACUAUCAAGUCGGAUUACCAGGACCAAGAGAACGUGCUCCGUGCGAAACUCGACAAGACAAAACUAUUAAUAGAGCUCCAGAAAGUCACAGAUGCAUAUAUGUAUGAGAAGUACACCAAUGACAUGGUGGGUAGCCGCCUCGUCGAGUAUUACAAACGCAGCCGUAACAACCGGGCAUUCGCCACUUUGUCGGCGGAAAAUGAAAAACGAUACCAUGCCCGCUAUAUCCAAGCCCUGGCCCUUCUCGACAGCUUAAAGGAGCGGUUGGACGUGGCCAAGCACAAGCAUGCCAUCCAGAUGAACAGAGUCAUCCUAGACCUUCACUCCGCACAGAGCGUUGCUUCGAUCACGGAGGAACAACUGGAGCAUUUGUUCCACAAAUACCUAGAUCGGCCGGACUGCGAUAAUCUGCGACGCAUGGUAUCUCGUGAGCUAAGGCUCAUGUCUGCCAAACGGAACGAAAUCAGUGACACUAGACUGUUCCUAAUCACCAGAAAACACACCAUGGCUCACAUAUUGGAUAAAAUCACGCUUCUAGACACACUGAGUGACACAGUAAGCAUCAAGGAUUAUAUAGCGGUACAAAAUGAAGUAUUAUCCCUACAAAAGAAAAUCGAAGAACGCAGCGUUGAAUUGAAAAGGAUACGCACCCAAUUCCUCAUGGAUAUUCAUCUCAUCCGGCACAAUCAGGAGAAAGCUAUGGCCCUAAGGGAAAAGUUUGAUCUACACCAGGACUUGCUGAAGAACGCCAUCACCCAGCAGGUCGCCCUUAGAACAAAUCUCUAUGAAGCCAAAUUGGAGCGCACCAAGAUGCGCCAGAUGUCCAAGGAUCUGACUUUUCAGGGCGGCAUCCUGGCAAUGCCAUCGCUGAUGUACGACUUUGACAAGACCGUAGAGCGAUUGAAGGAGAAGCAAGAAUCUGUGGCCAAGCUCAGGGAGACCAUGAAGUCACUCCAACGUCGCGUUAGCAACGUCGAAGGAAGAAGUAUAUAGAUAGUCUGUAAAGCGAAAUAAAAACUUAUUCAUGUCACUAA